AUGGCGGCCGAGCCGCCCGUGCUGCUGGGGCUGCGGUGGGUGGGUGAUCUUGAUGAUGUUCUUUUUCCUUUGUUGUGUGGUUUUUUUUGUUGUUCUCAGAGACAGGAGCCGCCCUGUGCUGCGAGGGACUGGUGUGAGGAGGCAGAUGACUGGGGAGUGUGUGAUGGAGCAGAGUCUCCUGCCUGUGCCCCCCUUCAGCUGCUCGGCCUCGGCGAAGCCUCGGUGAGUGGCUCCUUCUCCGACUGUGCCUCCCAGCUCCAGCAGCUUCGCUUGGCCGAGGCCACGGAGGGGACAGGAUCCCUGGAUACGUGUCCCCCGGACGGUGAGGGAGUGGGAAUAGCCACGUCUGGCUCAGAUCCCGUGUUCCAGCCCUUCUACAUCAGCGUUGUGGAUGAGGCAGACUACGCUGGUUCCCUGGACACCGAGCACGUGGAUGAGCUACUGAGGGAGUAUCAGCAGAGAGAGGGGGUUGAUCUGGAGCAGUUGAUGUCAGAGAGUUUUGCAGGUGAAUGCGGUCAUGAAAAAUAUGAGAAGAGCGAAGUCAAAAGCAGGGACCACACGUUCCAUAAAUUUAUGAAACGAAUAUCUGUGUGUCCUGAGCAGAUUCUGAGAUACUCGUGGGGUGGCCAGCCUUUAUUCAUCACCUCUCCUCCAGCUGACCUGGACAAAAGCGUUCCAGCCUGUGCUCACUGUGGAAGCAGCAGAAUAUUUGAGUUUCAGCUGAUGCCGGCGCUGGUCAGCCUGCUCCAGAGUGACUCAGACCUGGCGGUGGAAUUUGGGACUGCUGUGGUUUACACCUGUGAGAGGAGCUGCUGGCCAGCAAAUCACCAAACCCCACUUGAAGAAUUUGUUUUUGUACAAGAAGACCCAGAUCAGGGAUUAUUUAAAUAAAUUGUAUUUCUCUGCAUAGAU